GUGGCUGCACACUGAGACGAUGUUUGCUGCGGCCCAGAAGAAGUGGCUGUAUAUCUACGAUAACCAGGCGGUCGAGCUGCACUGUGUGAAGAAAUUCAACGACGUCCGACGCAUGGAGUUCCUGCCCUACCACUUUCUCCUGGCCACCUGUAAUGCCCGGGGAUUUCUUCAAUACCUUGAUGUCUCCGUGGGGAAGGAAGUCACAGCCAUCUGCACCAAAGCUGGACGCCUGGAUGUGAUGACCCAGAAUCCAUACAACGCCAUCAUUCACCUGGGUCACCCACAGGGGACGGUGAGUUUGUGGAGUCCGAACAGUAAAGAGCCUCUGGUCAAGAUGCUGUGCCACCGAGGAGGGGUCCGUGCCAUCGCCAUUGACAGGACUGGAACGUACAUGGCUACAACAGGUUUGGACAGGAAGCUGAAUAUUUUUGACAUCCGCUCAUACCGCCCUCUGCAUUCCUAUUUCAUCUCCAGUGGAGGCAAUCACUUAGCAUUCAGUCAGCGUGAUCUACUCGCUGUGGGCUCUGGGACCACUGUCAAUGUUUACAAAGACAUUCACCACGCAACUGUGUCAAAACCGUACCUGACCCACUCUCUCCCCCAGGGGGUGCACGGCCUCCAGUUCUGUCCCUUCGAGGAUGUCCUGGGGGUUGGCCACGGCCGGGGCUUCAGCAGCUUGUUGGUGCCAGGUGCUGGAGAAGCGAAUUUCGACGGCCUGGAGUGCAAUCCGUACCGAAGUAAAAAACAGAGGCAGGAGUGGGAGGUGAAGGCUCUGCUGGAGAAGAUACAGCCUGACCUGAUUACCCUGGACCCCACCAAACUGGGGAAGGUAGACUUCAUUACCAUGAGCCAGAAAAACCAGGAACGAGUCCAACGUCUGGGUUUCGAUCCGUCCCAAAGGGAGAAGUUUGAGCCCAAGCGGAAGAUGAAAGGCAGGAGUUCAGCGAAAAGUAUCGAGAGACGGAAAAGGAAGGUGGCUGUCGCUGAGCAGAGGGAAGCAAUCCGCCAGAGCGUGCAGGAGAAACAGGAGGCAGUCCGCGAGAGGGAGAAAGUGGCCAAGAGCAGACUGUCACACACUAAAGGGAGUGCCUUGGAUCGAUUCCACAAAUGAUUGUGCUGUGACUGGGAAGGACAGGAGGCUCGGUUCACCCUGCUCUGUGUAACAGGGUCCCCGUGUCCCACUCCUGCCCAGAGACUCUCCAACGUUUGCAUUUCAGAAACCUCCUGCUUGAGAUCCAGGCAGCGACGGACCUAACCGCUAACUGGGGAAAUGGUAUUUUAUUCCGAACAACCAAAUAAACUUAUUUCCGCUGGCGAUGAGCCCAUCCUGAAAA